AUGACAGAACUGCAGAUCGUCAAUACUGGCUCUGAUAGUGAAGAGAUGCCAGCUCAAACUGAGCAAACACCAGACUUGAUAGAUGUUGACGAUGAAAGAACAGCUCUGCUCAUAGAUCAUUCACAGUAUAAUGGCGACGAGCCGCCGCCUUAUUUCGCUUUUGAUGAUGCACAAUCUUUAGAACCGUUACCCAACUACAAUGAGCUAUCUAGACUGCUACCAUCUGGACGACCACUAAACAGAUUCCAACUCUUCCGAAAAUUCCUAUCAGAGUACUGCUUUGACGUCACUCAGCUUCUAAUGCUGCUACUCGUAACGGGAUGUGCUCUAAUAGUCGUAGCUCUAGCACUGCUGCCACUCUUAACUCAUUGGUUUGACGCCGCUGUGCCGUUUACUCCGGCUUUCCCACCGUUUGACUAUAUACAUCCACCACAAUCGCUACCAGUACAUUUCGAGCCUGCAGUUCUUGGUUUUGGAUAUUGCCAUCACGAGAAUCAAGUAAUUGCUGUAGCUGCUCCGAUAUCGAUAGACUCGUCAACAUAUAAUACUAUAAGAAUAGAAGCUACAGGUCGAGGAUGGAUGAAGAUCCAUAUCGCUGAUACCGAUGAUAUCUCUGAUAUACAGGUCGAGCCACAUUUCCACAUCUCCGAAAUCGAACUGGAAAAGAAUGUAAAUGUCAUGCUCCGGAAUCUACCACCUCGGUAUGAUGUGAUGCUACAUACGCCAAUAUUAGACGAGACGAGUAGUGAUUGUUAUACCACGAAUGUAAAAGUGACUAUACCACUACGCCACUCGUUGGGAAACGUUAAGCUCGUCUUAAAUGUGCCGCAUAUACAUAUUGAUGCUGACUUUAAGGGCUCUUCAAGCUUUGAGUCUGUUGAAAUCCUGGCCUUGUCAAUGAAUAUAUUUAAUCUGCCAUCAUCUGUAGUCGACCUCGUAUCAACAGACACCAUCUAUGGAGUAGCUGGCUCUUUCAGUCAUGUAUCUAUGCUAAACGUCACAUCACGGCACGAUGUCGAUAUCACCGGUAUCGAUUUCGACUCGGCUUCAAACUCACAUAUCGGAAUCAGAGCAGGAAACAGAGUAUCUCUAGCUGUCAACUCCAGCUAUAGUGGAAGAAUAGAUAUGGAAUCUUCGGGUUGGAUUGUAGUAGAUGAUGUUGCUCUACAUCAUUAUGAAGGUGCUCGUGGCGAUGGUAACAGCACUCUUCAAAUAGCUUCAGGUGAUGCUGGUGUUUCGCUUACUUGGCAGGAUUCUCAAUAA